AUGGGACAGCUUGUGAAAAAUCCUACUCUCUUCGAUGUACUGGUGAUGCCCAAUCUCUAUGGAGAUAUAAUCAGUGACCUUUGUGCAGGACUGAUUGGAGGGCUGGGCUUAACUCCUAGUUGCAACAUUGGUGAAGGUGGCAUCGCUCUAGCAGAAGCCGUACAUGGGUCAGCCCCUGAUAUAGCUGGAAAGAAUCUUGCAAACCCAACUGCUCUCCUGCUGAGUUCCGUUAUGAUGUUGCGCCACUUGAGGCUUACCGACAAAGCUGACCAAAUCCACAAUGCUAUACUUAAUACCAUUUCAGAAGGAAAGUAUCGAACGGUUGAUCUUGGUGGGAAUUCGUCAACUACAGAUUUUACAAAGGCAUUAGCGAACAAAUAUGCCAUGGCCGAUGAGUCUGCACGACUAGGUCCGCGGAUCGAUGUCGGGAGCCAAUUGUGGGAUGAUCUAGAUGAAGAGAUGGCCGGGCCCUCGGAAGGGAGUGCUGGUUGA